AUGCAUGCCAAACAGGUCUUCGCCGCGCUCCUCGUAGCGGCCACCACUAUCACCGAAGCUCGUGUUCUCCAGUCCCGUCAAAUCGGCGACGUUGAUUGCAACGUCGCCCGUCUGCAGAUCGUAGACGCUAUCUCGUCGGCCCAGGACACCGUCGGCGGCAUCAAGGACGCGACCGUAAAGGAUGCAGCGGCGGGUGGUCUCAACCAGGCCAGUGAUGCGAUUGGGAACAUUGGCGUGGCUCUUAUCUCUGGUCAGAAAGCGGCGGCAGAGGACCGCACGAGCGUUAAGACCGGGCUCAAUGCAACCGGCACAGCUCUGCAAGGGGGUGACCAGACGGACGACGCAGUCAAGAAAGCGCAGGGAUUCCUUCAGAAGGCGGUUGCUGCUGGGAAGGAUGUCGUCUCUCUUUGCAAGUAG